AUGAAAUCAAUUGGCAAUCCUCAUGAACGUGUUGAUGAAAGAAUCCGCAGCGGCAAGCCAUUAUCAAAGGCUACAAUCGAUGUUGUAGAUGCUCAGUUACUUGAUCAAGCUCAUCUUUAUGUAUUACGAAACACUGCUGUUGUGGAGCCAUAUAUAGAGCAACAUAUGUUGGAAUUGAAGGAUCGCAACCCCCGUCACGCUCGCAAGAGUACAUGGUUGCAGAGCCAACAUAAUCAGACAUUUAUUAGUUGGUUUAAGAAAGAGGUUGGAAAACGUUUGGCUAACGGGGAAGAUAUUUGUGAUGAUGUUCGUUGGUUGGCCAAAGGGCCUAAUUUUGCGGUUAGUAAAUAUAGCGAUUUUGCCAUAAAUGAGUAUCAUUUUCAUACAACAUCUCGAGAUGAGUCUAGAACAACUCAAUGUAGUGGAGUAUCUUUACUUGCACAUACUAUGCAGAUUGCUAGUGCAAAAGACUCCAAUCUUGUGAUGUACAAGUAUGGAUCAAAUGGUGAAACUGAUGAUAUGUUGGAAUUUGAUGCUACUUUUGAUUUAACACAAGACUCCGCUUUAUUAGACCUUGAUGAUGAUUUUUUGUCUUCUGAUCAUGAUGAGGACUCCAAACAAAGAGGUCCAGCAACAAAGGCAAAAGCUAAUAAAUUUAAACUUGUAGUCACUUACAAUAAAAAAGGUGUCCCGGUUGGAAAGGAAGCCACAAAACUGUCUACUUUUGAGGGUUUGGUUGCAAGAACAAUUGUUCCCAUAACCUAUGAGUCCUGGUUGGAAGGGUUAAGGCAAUAUGUUUUGGAGAAAAGUACGAAAGCUAAAAAUACCCGUGCACAUCAUAACUACAAUCAUCGUUUGAGCAGAAAGGGAUAUGUCGGACUCAUUAAUGACAUUCUACAAGAAACCGGCAAGACGGAACAGGAGAUUGAUAGGAAACUGUUGUGGAAAAAAGUAAGAGAGUUGAAGACAGGAGGAUACGAAUCAGAUGUGAACAAGAUUGUUGAUAAAAUUGAUGAGUUGCAGAAAUCGGGAAGCUUUGGAAAGGUUACAUGUGGAACACAUGAUGUGCUUACAGAGGCCUUGGGUACUCAGGAACAACGUGGGUGUGUACGAGGGAUGGGUAAAUUUAUAACGCCACAACAAUACUUUUAUUUACCCAAGAAUGUUAAGUUUUACUUGGAGAUUGAGAACGAGAGGGUGGAUAAACGAAUCAACAAACUUGAAGAUGACUUGGAGACACUAAAAAGAGGUGUACUUAAUGUUUCUGAAGCCGCAAGUUGCCAAGUAGGGGGCGUCAUUGAAGUUGUUGAAAAAGAACCACUGGAUGAAUCACUUGAUAAUUCAUGUCUUCUUGCGAUUGAAUUUGCUUUAAAUGUAGUUGCUAAAGGAACCAUAAUGAAAUAUAGUGCAUCGGAUGAAAACAUUGAAGUUAUGAUGGAAACAAUUUUACAAGGAGAAGAUUCAAUACCCAUUCCACUUGAAGAGGAGUUCAUUGUGAAGGUCAAAGAUGGACUGGGACACAUACUAAGUUGGCCAAGACACUUAGUUAUUCAAUGCACUGACCUGGGAAAAGUGGUGGCGAAACCUGUGAAAAAACAUGCAACACCAGUGAAGAAAGAUGCAACACGAGUGAAGGAAGGUGCAACACCUUUAAAAGAAGAAAUAAGAAGUAAUAAGAAAGAAAAAGGGAUAGGAAAAAUGGUUGAUGAACAAAAAGAACCAUGUGAUGUGGAAGAAGUGGAUGAUAUCGAAGAAGGGAAUGGAAUAGAAAAGAAGAUUAAAAAGAAGGAGAAAGAAAAUGUGACCUUGUAA